GGAAGCUUGAAUAAAAGACGGAUACGAUAGCGCACGUUAACCAACGCCACUCCACCGGCUCAUUUUAGCAAGUACCCCCCCAAUGCAUUCAACUGUGUCUACGCUUCUUCUCUUCUUUCUCUCUCCACACCCUUCUCUUAUCUUUCUCUUUCCUAUAGGGUUAAGGUCACUACGCCGUCGUCGUCUUCUUACCCACCGCUAUUUUAUCCCUCUACCCACAAAUUAUCAUUAUCUAUUUCCUAUCUCCUCCAAUGCUCCUCACAGACUUGGGGUUUCUAGGGCUCUUUUCUUUACACUACCUUCAAAGCGUACUCUAUGGACGCCAAAAGACACUUCUCUUAUUCAAAUCUCUUCAAUCUUGAGUCUUUGAUGAACUUUCAACUACCCCAACAAGAUGAUGAUUUUGAUUAUUAUGGGAAUAGUAGUCAGGAUGAGAGCAGAGGUAGCCAAGCGGACCGCACUAACAGCAUGAUGUCGACGAGGGAAUUGAAGAAGAAGAGGCGGAACAGAUAUAGUAGUGACGAGGACGAGGGCGGAAGUUACAGUACUUAUAUUUCAGAGGAGAGGUAUCGAGCAAUGCUUGGAGAACAUAUUCAGAAGUACAAGAGGAGGAUCAAUAAUUCCUCGCCAAGUCCUGCCUCAAGUCGAAUUGGGAUGCUGGCUGCAAAGGGUAGUUUAGGAUCCAAGGACCGGAUAUUGGGGAAUGAGCAUCGAGGAGGAUCACACAAAAUAGAAUCUACUUCAGAUUUUCUGACAGACAUUGGUCCUCAAAAGCUUGGAAAUUAUCAUGAAUUAGAUAAACCAGAUUAUGGUGCUGAUAGAUCAGUUUAUGAACUCGCUUAUUUGGAUAUUGGGGAUGGCAUCACUUAUAGGAUUCCUCCAACUUAUGAAAAGUUGGCGGCAUCAUUGAACCUGCCAAGCAUGUCGGAAAUCCGAGUUGAGGAAAUUUACCUAAAGGGCACCCUCGAUUUGGGGUCAUUGGCUACAAUGAUGUCUGCUGAUAAGAGGUCUGGGGGUAGAAGCCGAGCAGGGAUGGGUGAACCUUUGCUCCAGUAUGAAUCUCUUCAGGCAAAAUUGAAAGCCCAGUCAGCCAGUAAUUCUCCCCGGAAGUUCAGCUUGAAAGUCAGUGAUAUUGGAUUAGACACGUCCUCUAUCCCAGAGGGGGCGGCUGGAGGGAUACGACGGUCCAUCUUGUCAGAGAGUGGUGUACUGCAAGUUUACUAUGUGAAGGUGCUGGAGAAAGGAGACACAUAUGAGAUUAUUGAACGUAGUCUACCCAAAAAGCAGAAGGUGAAGAAAGACCCAUCAGUGAUCCAGAAGGAGGAAAUGGAGAAAAUUGGUAAAUAUUGGGUAAAUAUUGUGAGAAAAGAUAUACCGAAGCAUCAUAGGAUUUUCACUAGCUUCCACAGAAAGCAACUAGGUGAUGCCAAGAGGGUUUCAGAAACCUGUCAAAGAGAGGUGAGAAUGAAGGUGAGCAGAUCACUUAAAUUGAUGAGGGGGGCUGCAAUCCGCACAAGGAAGCUGGCCAGAGAUAUGCUAGUCUUUUGGAAGAGAGUUGAUAAGGAGAUGGCGGAAGUGAGGAAAAGAGAGGAAAAGGAAGCUGCAGAGGCUUUGAAGCGCGAGCAGGAGCUUCGCGAAGCAAAGAGGCAACAGCAGAGGCUCAAUUUCUUGCUGUCACAAACAGAACUCUACAGUCACUUCAUGCAGAACAAGUCAAUAUCACAGACCUCUGAGGCUUUAGCUGUGGGUGAUGAUAAAUUACAUGAUGAGGACGUGUUAUUUAGUACUUCAGAAUUUAGGGCUGAAGAGGAAGAAGAUUUUGAGGAGACUGAAUUAAGAAAGGAGGCUCUGAAAGCUGCUCAGGAUGCAGUUUCCAAGCAGAAAAGGAUGACAAGUGUAUUUGAUACUGAAUGUUUGAAGCUACGGCAAGCUACUGAAACUGAGGCUCCUCAGCAAGAUGCCGCCAUUGCUGGAUCUAGUAAUAUAGAUUUAUUGCAUCCCUCAACCAUGCCUGUAGCAUCAUCAGUGCAGUCACCAGAUUUAUUUAAAGGUUCCCUAAAAGGAUAUCAGCUAAAAGGCCUACAGUGGCUGGUAAAUUGUUAUGAGCAGGGUUUAAACGGAAUUCUUGCUGAUGAGAUGGGCCUGGGAAAGACUAUACAAGCCAUGGCAUUUUUGGCCCAUUUGGCUGAAGAAAAAAACAUAUGGGGACCUUUUCUGGUUGUUGCACCUGCUUCUGUCUUGAACAACUGGGCUGAUGAAAUUAGUCGCUUCUGCCCUGACAUGAAAACUCUUCCAUACUGGGGUGGGCUUCAAGAACGUAUGGUACUUCGGAAGAAUAUCAACCCAAAGCGUCUUUACCGCAGGGAGGCUGGGUUUCACAUUCUCAUUACCAGCUACCAACUGCUUGUGUCUGAUGAGAAGUAUUUCCGGCGUGUGAAAUGGCAAUAUAUGGUAUUAGAUGAAGCACAGGCAAUCAAAAGUUCGAACAGUAUAAGAUGGAGGACACUGCUCAGUUUUAAUUGUCGAAACCGCUUGCUUCUGACUGGUACGCCGAUUCAGAAUAACAUGGCUGAGUUGUGGGCCCUCUUACAUUUCAUUAUGCCAACCUUGUUUGACAGCCAUGAACAAUUUAACGAGUGGUUUUCAAAAGGAAUAGAGAACCAUGCAGAACACGGUGGGACUUUAAAUGAGCAUCAGCUUAACAGAUUGCAUGCAAUUCUGAAGCCAUUCAUGUUGCGGCGGGUUAAAAAAGAUGUGGUUUCUGAGUUGACUGGGAAAACUGAGAUCACAGUGCAGUGCAAGUUGAGUUCUAGGCAGCAAGCUUUUUAUCAAGCAAUAAAGAACAAGAUAUCUCUUGCUGAGUUGUUUGACAGCAACCGUGGGCAUCUGAACGAGAAGAAAAUUCUGAACUUGAUGAAUAUUGUCAUCCAGCUAAGAAAGGUUUGCAACCAUCCAGAGCUAUUUGAGAGAAAUGAAGGAAGUACAUACCUAUAUUUUGGAGAGAUUCCAAAUUCUCUUCCUCCACCUGCUUUUGGUGAGUUGGAGGAUGUAUACUACUCUGGUGGCCGGAAUCCCAUUACAUACCAGAUACCCAAACUGGUCUACCAAGACGGUCUCCGAUGUUCUGAUAUGCUUUGCUCAGGAGUUGGGCAUGGUGUUAGCCGAGAAUUCUUUGAGAGACAUUUUAAUAUAUUCUCCCCAGAAAAUGUUUAUGGAUCCAUUCUGCCAGAAGAGAGUACUUGUGAUGGGUCUUUUGCAAAGAGUGGAACAUUUGGAUUUACUCGUCUGAUUGAUUUGUCACCAUCAGAGGUCACUUUAUCAGCAGCCGGAUCUUUUAUGGAGAGAGUAUUGUUUUCUAUUCUGAGAUUGGAUUGGCAAUAUCUGGAUGGAACCUCGGAGUGGCUUAUGGAAACUGAGGAUGAUGAUCUCAGUUGCAGUCACCUUGGAAGGGAAAAAGUAAAAGCAGUCACCAGAAUGUUACUGCUACCUUCAAAGUCUGAGAGAAAUCUACUUAGAAGAGUUGCAACAGGUCCUGAGAAUGCUCUGUUUAAGGCUUUAGUCAUGUCACAUGAGGAUAGGCUUCUUUCUGACAUCAGGCUUCUUCAUUCAGUAUACUCUUUCAUACCAAGAGCCAGAGCGCCCCCUAUUAAUGCCCACUGCUCAGAUAGAGAUUUUGCUUACAAAAUGGUUGAAGAGUUACAUCACCCCUGGGUUAAGAGGUUGUUACUUGGGUUUGCACGCACAUCUAGCUUUAAUGGCCCUAGGAAGCCAGGUGGUCCUCAUCAUUUGAUACAAGAGAUUGAUUCUGAACUGCCUGUUAUGCGACCCGCUCUUCAGCUCACAUACAAGAUCUUUGGGUCAUGUCCACCCAUGCAACCUUUUGACCCUGCAAAAAUGCUUGCGGACUCUGGGAAGCUUCAAACGCUGGAUAUACUAUUGAAACGCUUGCGGGCAGGAAAUCAUCGUGUUCUUCUGUUUGCGCAAAUGACAAAAAUGUUAAAUAUUCUUGAGGAUUAUAUGAAUUAUCGGAAAUAUAGAUACCUAAGGCUUGAUGGAUCCUCCACAAUAAUGGACCGUCGAGACAUGGUUAGGGACUUUCAGCAUCGGACCGAUAUCUUUGUGUUCUUGCUGAGUACAAGAGCUGGUGGGUUGGGCAUUAACUUAACAGCAGCUGACACUGUCAUAUUUUACGAAAGUGAUUGGAAUCCAACCUUGGAUUUACAGGCAAUGGAUAGAGCACAUCGGCUGGGGCAGACUAAAGAUGUUACUGUGUAUCGGUUAAUUUGCAAAGAGACUGUUGAAGAGAAGAUUUUGCUGAGAGCUAGUCAGAAAAGCACUGUGCAGCAGCUUGUGAUGACAGGUGGUCAUGUACAGGGUGACCUUUUGGCUCCUGAGGAUGUUGUUUCUUUACUAAUUGAUGAUGCACAAUUGGAGCAGAAACUGAAAGAAAUACCUCUACAGGCUAAGGAUAGACAAAAGAAAAAAGGUGCAACUAAAGGUAUACGAAUAGAUGCUGAAGGGGAUGCAUCUCUGGAAGAUCUUACAAACUCAGGAUCUCAGCCCAAUGAACUUGAGCCUUCUCCUGAUAUUGAGAAAGCAAAAUCCAGUAGUAAAAAGCGGAAAGCUUCCACUGACAAGCAAAGUACUCCAAAACCAAGGCCUCCAAAAGGUUUAGGAAAUGCUGAUUCUUCAUCACCCUACACAAUUCCAUUGGACUCCGAGUUGGAUGAUCCCCCAGAAAACACCGAUACACAACAGCAGAGACCCAAGAGGCUGAAAAGGCCUACAAAAAGUGUAAAUGAGAAUAUUGAACCAGCAUUUACUGCCUCCCCAGCCAUGGCUCAAGAGCAUAAUCAAGAUCGAGCCACACCAGAUAUCAUUUCUGGCGGUCUCUUAACUGGAGCUGAGGAAGAUAUUUGAAGGCAUAGUAACCUGUCAAUUGGGUCAUACUAGGAAAUGUGAAAUUUCUAGGCUGAUUAGAUUCAGCUUGAGCCUUUCUUCAAUGGACAGCAGAAACUCACAUCGUUGGACACAACAGCAGAACCUAUGUGGUCUUUUUUGGGCUGGGAUGCUGUAGCAGACCGAGGUAGAGCGAGCAAGGCUGUAUGAUAGUGUUGUACAGAUUAUUUUUUAGUACUUCAUUGCCAGGUUUAAUUUGGUCACUACACUGGGCAGAUUUUAGCAUGUAUAGUAGGGAUUAUAGAUGAAAGAUCUUGUAAGCAGCCUCAAGCUGCAUUGAAAGUUCUUGGGUAGAGGGCUUGUGCCGAGUUCUGAAGCGUGUAACUCUCUGGACAGAAGUUAAAAGAACAUGGGUCAUGCAAUGGCAAGUGAAGGCAAGAACCAAGUGUGCUGAGCAGUGCUAGCAAUUGUCUUUUAUAUUUUCUCGGUUGGGCGUAUGUUUUCAUACUCAACUUGGCUAUUGCAGCAUCUGCAAACAUGCAUUGUGUACUGCCUAGAGAUCUCAACGAGCAUGAAUUUAGAGACCAAUGUAAGCUCCUAUAUUCUCUUCCCUUCCAAUGAAUAAAACCAAGUUGUAAGGGUUCAGACUGCAUCUGGUUUUCAAGCUGUCAAUGGUGUGAAAUCCAGAAAGUUGGAUCCCAAAUUGCAGCUACUACCAAGUUAAUAUAAUGGAAUUCUUCCCAAAGGAACAUCCCAAAUUGCAGCGCUUUCCAAGUUACAAAUACCAAGGGGUCUUAGGUGUAAUGUCUGAAUUGUUGGGGAUGGCUAUAUAAUUUUAUCAAUUGUCAAGGGACCCGUAUGAAAUUUACACUAAUUUCUAUUUAGUGGUAACUAUAUACUCAGUUUUUACUUCAAUUUUA